AAUGGGCAAAUAUGUAUGGAAAGUUUCGUUCAAAUCAAAAGGGGCCGGGAAGAUGGGAGGUUUUGUGUAUUUUGUGACCCUAACACUCAUGAGUUCUUCAUUAGGUACCAGGGACCAGUGCUUCUGAUCAGAAGAACCAAAGAUGAGAUCAUUACCACCACGGGUCCAGAAGAUAUCAUGUCCAACAGAGGAAACAACCUCCUGCUCAAACUUCUGCAGUUCAGGUACCCCAAGGUGAUGACAGACGAUGGAGUCAGGGCCAUCAGAGCAUGGCUGGCAGCCACCAACCACAUAGAAGAGGCGGCAGUGUACAGUAGCUAUGAGGUGGAUGAUGACUGGUGUGUGUCUGUACUGCAGUCGUAUAAGACAGAGAGAGACGUUUUCUUCCCCUGGAGCGUUGGUGAGGACAUGACACUGGAGGGAAGACGGCAGCUGGCUCUUUUCCUGGCACGGAAGUACAUGCGGAACUUCGAGUCAACGCACUGCACUCCUCUCCCCUACUCUGAAUUCGCUGCCCCUUGGAGACUGUAAAAGAGAGAUGAGGGAUGGAUAGAAGAUAACGAGAGGCAAAGAGUGGUGGAGGUGAAGCGGCUGGCGAAACCAACCAAUCAGAUGAGGUUUACAGAGCAUGGAUUGAAGGUGUUAUCAUGUAUCUAUGGGAGGUGUUCAAGGCAGCUAGACCCAGUCGGUAUUAGAAUGUUGCAACCCUGCCCACCUGUGGGGAAAACACCUGUGGUUACCCCAUUGGCUCAUAGCAAAAACUUGGCAUUUUGUCUACUUGUUUUAAUCAAUUACAAAACUACAUUUAAGAAAAGUAAAGGUCUAAAGAGUACUGCUCCCUAGCGUUUUCACUACUUAGAAAAACGUAAUAUUGCCUCAUGCCCCUUUUUAUGACGAUGCUAGCAGCCACUUGAGUGCUAGCUAGCGACCGGAACAUUAAGCUAGUCAAGACCAACAACACAAACAAACGGACUAACGUUAUACAGCUACAAGUAGUGAGUGGGGUUAAACAAACUGUACUGAACAAGUUAAACGUCUUACCUGUGAU